AUGGAGGAGGCAGCACAAGCUAACCAAGGAACAAUAACCAGCUCUCUCUUCGUGACCAUGAACCGCAAUUAUUUCGAUCCCAAUUCCUCAGCUCUCUACGGACAAGCUCUUCCCGCCUUCAAUGGUCGACUUGCAGCACCGCAGUCCACCGAUCCCAGCAACAAUCAUCACAAACCCACCGUCGCGCCAUCAAAUCCAUCAAGCAGAACCCUGACUCCAGAGCAGCCUGCCUUCAAAGUCAUCUGGGACUACAUUCACGCUCUGGAUAUCCAGAUGCAUAAUUUCGAAUGCCGCAGUUUGAUGCAGUGCUGGGUCGUGAACGAGCUGGGUCUGACUCUCGACUACCUCUUCCAGCAUCUUCGUCUGAUACCCAACUUGCAAGUGUCUACUAUCCAUGACCAGAUGAUCACUUUGCUAGAUUAUCUCCGCACCACUUCGCCAGCAUACGAGUGGUAUGAGAAGAUGAAGGAGAGGGCCGACGAAGCGUGGGCACAGUAUCGAGCCACAGGGAUAAACGAGCGUUUCCUUCUGCACUGUCCGCCUUGCUGUCCUUCAUUGUUAUCCUCUGUUCAUCCACUGUGGGCUGAGGGUGUGCAGACGGCUCCUGAGUUGCCAUGCUCUAUUGCGAUUCAUCGGAAAGAGCCUGUAACGCCUGUAGUGAGGCUGCCACCUACGGAUAGGGUGUUGAGGGAGGAGCCACGUCAAUCUACCAAAGGUGAUGCGAUCAAUGAAAAGACAGCUGAGUACCGGGUUGACAGAAUAUACCCCGUCAUCCCAUUGAGCAGCGCAUCCAUAUAG